CUCACAAGACUACAAUCAAACAUCAUACCGAACCAGCUCACAAGACUACAAUCAAACAUCAUACCGAACCAGCUCACAAGACUACAAUCAAACAUCAUACCGAACCAGCUCACAAGACUACAAUCAAACAUCAUACCGAACCAGCUCACAAGACUACAAUCAAACAUCAUACCGAACCAGCUCACAAGACUACAAUCAAACAUCAUACCGAACCAGCUCACAAGACUACAACCAAACAUCAUACCGAAUAUCCUAAUCACCACGAACACAAAGAUGACGAACACCACAAAGAUGACAAACACCACAAAGAUGACAAACACCACAAAGAUGACAAAGAUGACAAACAUCACAAAGAUGACAAGGAUGACAAACAUCACAAAGAUGACGAACAUCACAAAGAUGACAAACACCACAAAGAUGACAAAGAUGACAAACAUCAUAAAGAUGACAAACACCACAAAGAUGACAAAGAUGACAAACAUCACAAAGAUGACGAACACCACAAAGAUGACAAACAUCACAAAGAUGACGAACACCACAAAGAUGACAAACAUCACAAAGAUGACAAAGAUGACAAACACCACAAAGAUAACAAAGAUGACAAACACCACAAAGAUGACGAACAUCACAAAGAUGACAAAGAUGACAAACACCACAAAGAUGACCACAAAGAUGACAAAGAUGACAAACAUCACAAAGAUGACGAACACCACAAAGAUGAAAAACAUCACAAAGAUGACGAACACCACAAAGAUGACCACAAAGAUGACAAACAUCACAAAGAUGACCACAAAGAUGACGAACAUCACAAAGAUGACCACAAAGAUGACGAACAUCACAAGGAUGAUGAACACCACAAAGAUGACGAGCACCAUAAAGAUGACGAACAUCAUAAAGAUGAUGAACAUCACAAAGAUGGCGAACAUCAUAAAGAUGACGAACACCACAAGGAU